GAUACAGUAUUCUGCUCGUACAUCUGAUCGUACGGUUGCAUAUUCGAGAAAGUAGAUGUAAAUUAUUAUCUCCGCUCUAGUCUUUGUGCUCUGAAGGUUGUAGGCCUCCCUUCAUCCACUGAAACACCACCUCGCUGCUGCACUGAUGCGUUUACAGCGCCUGGAGUAAAGACACUGCAUCGUUUCCCAUCCGCGAGCGCACAAUGAAUGAAUGAACGAGGCAAGUGAUGCUGUGUGCUCUGCCAGCUCGGGGUAACGCAUAACAGCUUUUGUUCUGUAUUUGUCCGCUUGCAAUAACGAACUUGGCGUGGCGUUAAGAUGUUCCCGUCGUGCUACUCCAAGCCCAAAAAUGGGUCUCAAUUCAAGAUGUCUUACACUAAAGUGAUUUUUGGGGUGUUGGUGGUGUAUGUCCUCCAUACGUGCUGGGCCAUGUACGGCUUCAUUCACACCAAACCCUGUGACAGCGCUAAAGGGGACAGCUGCGUUGCAUCUUACCUUACUGUCAAGCCUCGACUUCAGCUCAGUAUCUAUUCCGCUCUGGACCCCAGUGAUGAAACUGGAUACAGCCUGCUGUUCAAAGUGGACAGAUUUGACAUUAACACCAAGUUUGAAAGGCAAGCUGACAUUUUGUGUGGGUCUGUGUGA